AAUUUCAUUUCUUCCUUCGUUCGUUCCCAUUUUCUAAUUCCUGGCUGCUUCUUCGUUCUAAUUUUAAGUAAGACUAAGAUAUCCGGAUCGAAAUCUGUACAAUUUAUCGAAGAUGAAUACAAUGAAUGUGGAUGUGGUGUAUCAUCCGUGUAUGCUGGAGGAUUUCCCUUUACGAAGCACGUGUUAUUACGCGAUCUGUCGAGCGUGAAUAAGUGCUGCGUUGUGAAGCGUUAUCCGUGUGGAAAUGGAGUGAUUAUCCUACACUGUAUAAUCGAUUCCACGUUUGCCAUCGGAUUUGGCGUAGAUCUCGGAAGAACGACCUACCUGCCCAUUCCCAUUAUUCCCUGCUAUCAAAAUAUGGAAGCCUUUGGGCGGUUAGCCUUAUUAUUGGGGAGAAGAUGGGCAAAGUCAGAGUGAUGGCGAAUAGCCAGUCUUUGGUAGCAGCAUACUAUGGCUGAUGUUAGUGAUGUGCUUUUAAACCGUGCGCGGACUGCGCAGAUGUUAAGUAUUCGCCAAUAAAUGGUUCACGUUGAUGGUUGCUAAGUGAAGACCCCAAGCAGACAUUUGCUAUGUGUCUAUCGUUUCUGGCUGAGGGUGCGCUGGAGGAUUUUGUGCAUCGUAGUGGAUGUUUUUGACUUUUGGCCCGUGAAGAAUCCACGAUCGUUCUGCAGAAUCGGGAAGCCCUUAAGGAUAAGGAAGACAUAUUGUUUGUUUUUUUUGGAAUCUCUGGAUUGUUGUUGUUAUGACCAUGGAUGCGUCGUCGGCCGUGUGGGGCUGGCAGGGGGAGAUGCGCAGUCUGCAGGAGCGCAACCGUCAUCUGCUGGACUGCGCGCCCAUGAGCGACGUAACGUUCCUCGUCGGGAUGCAGUCCGACGAGGCCGUCCCCGUCAAAGCGCAUCGAUUCAUCUUGGCGUCGGGGAGUCUGGUGUUUGAAACCAUGUUCUACGGGAGUGUUCCGGAGCCAGCGGAUCAGCCGGUUCGCGUCAGCGAUAUGGAUGUGGACACCUUCCGCAGUGUGCUGAAGUACAUUUAUCUUGGUGAAGUACAAAUAGACUGGGACAGUGUCUUCUCACUUUUGUAUGCCUCGCGGAAAUAUGGGAUGCCGGUGUUGACACAGAAGUGUGUUGAUUAUGUUGUUGACAAUCUGACCCCGGAGAACUGUGUAGAAUGGAUAGCACAGAUCCAGAAAUUCGACGCGGACGGUCUGGUGCGCGUGUGUCUGGAAGUGUUCGACGGCUGGAGUCCGGUGCUGAUGAAGACUGAGAGCAUUGCGCAGGUGGACGCGGAGACCGUUCGUCUGAUACUGGAGCGGGACAGUCUGUUGGCGGAUGAGAAGGACGUGUACGACGCUGUGGAAAGGUGGUCGAAAGCGGCCUGCUUAAGUGAGCAUGUGGAUUCGACGCCGGAGAACCGGCGCAAGAUCCUCGGUGAUCUGCUGUAUCUGGUGCGGUAUGCCGCGAUGGCGCCGGCCGACCUCAUGAACGGACCAGCCAAGAAUGGAGACAACGGACUGUUGUCGAAGGAGGAAAUCUACGAUAUAUUCCAACAGCGCUACACCGAGUCGGAAGCAUCGACGCCGUUCGUUAAACAACCGCGCUGUAUGGGCAUGCUGUCACGCUUCCACGAACUGCAGAAGGGAUGGACGGCACCGGAAUACGCCGUGGCGUUCCGUGCCGAUAAGCCGGUGAAACUGGUGGGGUUGGGAUUAUUCGGGUCGGAUGUGGAGGGUUGGAACGGGAUGGUCUCGGCCAAGGUGGAGAUCUGUCAGGCACAGCAUUCGGGAUUUAACUCCGUGUUCCCGCGUUCGGUGCUGACCAGUGAAGAGUACAGUUUCCGCGAUUUUGGCUGGUCGGAAGAGCCGCUGUUCCGGAAAAUCCUCUUGAAGAAACCCAUUCCCGUUGAAGUGGAGGUUAAUUAUGGUGUGGCCGUCUAUUUCAAGGAUUGGGAAACGUGUUGGCAGGGCGUGAACGGAAAGUUCUACUACGACAUUCGGUUAAAAAAUGGCGACGAAGUGAAAAUCCAGAUGCAUGCGUUCAACCCUCAAGGUAUUAGAAAGCCACCACGUAGCUACGUUUUCGAUGAGACGUCCGAGAAGAGAGCGUAUGAGAACAACCUUAACGGUCAAGUGGCGCAUUUAUUCUUCGAAAGCCCGUGAAUCUGUUUUUAUGGAAAUAGGCUUUUGCUUAAGGUAUACCAAAAGAAUCUUACGGUGCGACGAACGCGAUCGCAUUUUAUUAAAAGGUCAGCGGGAAUUUUUAACAAGGAUCGCAGAGGAUAUUUCCGACCGAUCCACGCGGCCGCAUACGCUUUUCUGGAAAACCGUUUUGUUAUGAAUCCGUUCCACGGUGUUAAUCUUGUAGCGCCUACGUUGGCCGGUUUAUUUUUGUCAAAUCUGUCGUGUCGGUGUAUCUGUGAUGAGUGGAUUUCAGGUUUUGAAUAAUGGUUUGCGUUGGGUUUUUGUUGGUUAUACAUAGCGGGAUUUCAUAUGGUUUCUUUUUUUGUUGUUUCUAACGGUUUAGUUUUAAUUUGAAGAGCUCUUAUAUUCUGCAGACGGUUGGUUUUCGUUGGGUGUUGUUAUUUAUUGGGUUGAUGGGAUCAUGGGAAUAUUAACGGGGCAGUGUGGAUUUGUGGGAUAUAAUCACGGUAAAAAUAUGCGCGCGCUGCAAGAUGUAU